AUGCCCAGGUCUGCUUCUCACUUAAGUAUUCAGAUAACCGCAGUAGCCUCCACCUUAAAUGUUCUCCACACAAAAUAUGCUUCCGGCCUGACAGGUGCACCUGACGUCAGCUGUCUCUCGGUGCUUGCACCUGACAGCAGCCAAACUGUUCAUCCUCAUGAGAAACUGCCAGCCAAGCCUCGGGCAGAGCCACGGCUGACACCACCAGCUCUGGAAUCCGUGUCAAAUGAUCGCACAAGCAGCGUAAAUGAGAACAAAUCUGACAAGCUGGGAACAGCAGAUUUCAGCGGCGCCUCCAGUGACAAGUGCAAACCAUAUGGGAUGGUAACUGACAGGAAUAGGAAACUCAAACCGCCUCACCAGUUCACCCGCAACUUCCAGGAUUCCGUGCUGCAGAGCGCUGAGAUGCAGGCUUCACAUCAUCACCCAGUGGGUGAAGCACAGAGUGAUAGAAGUUGCAGUUCCAUAGCUCCGCGAUCGUCAUUGUGUGACGUACCAAAGCAGCAACAGCGGCGGCAGCAGCAGCAGACAACUGAGGUCCUGCAACAUCUAGAUCAAAGCAGACAGGAUGUUCUUCAGGCUGAAGAAUCUGAAAGCGAGGAUGAGAUGAAUUGGCAGCCAAAAUGGCAGGGGGUCACGGCGGUCCUCGAAGCUUACCAGGAGUACCUUGAAGAGAAAAACCUCGAGCAGCAACUGCUUGAGGAGCAGCUGAGUCAUCUCAAAAAUAGAAAUCAGGAACUGAACGUUACAGCAGAGAAUCUCCGUGUACAUAUGUUGGAGCUGAAGCUGUGUAAGCAGAGGUUCGAAGUGGAGCGCCAGUGCCAUCAGGCUGCUCUCAACAACCUGCGCAAGUGCCUUGACCUGACACAUUGCUGGCCCACAUCAUCAUACAGGUGAACCCUGUUCCACCCUCUCACACACACACACAAACACAAAGAAAUAGCAGCAGAAAAGCAUGCACAGUCGGAAUGCUUUGGCUUCGAGAUAAGGUGUUACUUCAAAGCACCCGGAUCAGUUUCCAAUCAUACGAUCACUUGUUUAAAGAAUCUGCAAGAUGCAGCUCGGGACUUCGGGAAAAACUCAAUGAACAGAACUCUCCACUUACAGGAGGUGAUCAUUGCCAAACAGCUCGGUCCAGCUCGCCUGCUCACCUUUCACAGCCAAGCUAGAUCCAAAGCCACUGUAGUUUAGCACUGAUCCACUGGGAAACCUGUAUGUUGAUACCUUGAGCAUCCUCAGGUUGUACCAAAAUAAUGCAGAUAAGGCCACGCAGAAAAGAAAAGAAUGUUUAAUUGAUAAUGCGAUGUGUGGAAAGAGUACUUUUUUGUAUUCACUUAAAGAAAUGUAUUUUUGUUCUCACUUAUAAUUUGUAUUUUAGCUGCUGGAAGCAUUUAUUUGUAUGCUAGAAAUAGAAGUGCAAUUAGUGGAAAUGUCUACUAUAUAUAAGGACUUUAAUAGGCAAUGUUUUCAGAAAUUUUUGACAUUAAUUAUUAACUAAUUAUUUUUGUGGCCCCCAACAAGUCAUCAUUUUUUUUUAAGUAACUUUUUGAAACACCACUCAUUGUCUAACACUUAGUAAGUUUGUCAAUUUUAUCUGCAAUACAUAUUUGUUUGUAUAUUACCAUACUGUUUUACAGUAUAAUUCAAUGGUGUUAAAAGUGAAAUGUAUAUUUUGAAGUUCUGCAAAAGGUUUGCUUUUAUUCCAGUUGUUGGGUAAUAAAAGGUACAGAUUCACGUUGAAAUGCAUAGAUUAAUACAGUGAUAGAAGGCAGGAUAUUGUAAAAGGAUAGAUCUGUUGUUUUACUUUGUUGCUUAAAUAAUGUAAAUGCUGAGCGAAAACUACCUUUUAAUACACAGGACCACUUCUAGUAUUAGAAAUGACUUGAAGUACUUUUUCUAUUUUUUGUAAUAAAGUUAACAAAAGCAAAUGUUUUGCUUUUAUGCAGAGGUAUGUGAGACUCAUCUUAACCUUGAUGAAGAGGAAUGAUGAUAAAAUGUCUUUAUACAUAAUCAUUACAAUAUUUUUAACAGAAUAAUAUGUGAGGUUUUUUUUCAGUUGCCUAUAAAUACAAAAUGUCCAAUAAACAGGGCUAGCAUAACACUGUUUAAAAUGAAGUUUAAUCAGAUGAUAUAUAACUAUAAGCAUUAUGAGAAUUGUUAUAUACAAUUUGAAGCACUUUUGUGCAAUGUAUUUUUUUUGAAAAAGAAGAUAUCCUCUGUGCACCUAAGACUUUGCUGCAGUGUGAAGCAUUUAAGAGUUUCAUAGAGGUGACUAAAAUAAAUAACAUUCAAAAUGUUUUAAAAAACGGUCCUUUUAUUAGUAAAUUAUUGGAGGAACUAUUUGGAACUGGAACUGUUUACCUGGUCUUCUAAAAUGAGCCGGUUUUCUUUUACACUGAGAGUGUUUUUAAACAAUGGCAAAUUGAACAAAGCAAUCCUCGUAUCUUCAGCUCUCUAUUACUUUACAAAAAUGGCCUUUCGCGUUAAAAAUAAAAGUAGCCAACUAGUUCUUUAAUGAAGCCUAGCCUUUACCGUUUGCAACAAGUUUCAAAAUUUAACAGGUAUUUAUUAUUUGAAGUCAUGAUUUUUAAGUAUUUAUUCAUUGUCUGCUGUGACUAAAAUAAGCAUUUGUUAAUAAAGUUUUGUACACAUUA